ACGUCUCUCACGCAUGCGCUGUAACGUCGCAAUAUAUUGCACCUGACAGCACUGCGGCGCCAGAAACCCAGACCGCUCGCCACGCAGGAUCGGGUGCAUUUCCGAACAUGGAGCUUGACUUGGGAACUCUACUUGUAUCCGAUUAUAAUCCUUUGGACGAAAAAGCUCUCAAAUCAGAACCAGAUUAUUUAAAAAAUUUGAUAAGAAAUGAUGUACAAUUAUUGAUUAAUAAAGUUUGGGAACUACCAAGAGAACGAGUGGAUGGUGUUGUAGUGGUUAAAUUACCUAAACCUGAAUACACACUACCACGUGCGCGUGCUAUUCCAAAGCCCAAACCUCUAACAAAGUGGCAGCAGUUUGCUAAGGAAAAGGGAAUACAAACCAAGAAGAAGGGUAAAUCUAAACUGAAAUGGGAUGAGGAAUUAAAGAAAUGGAUUCCUACAUAUGGUUAUAAACGAGUAAAAGCUGAGGAACAGAAGGAGUGGUUGGUAGAAAUCAAGUCUGGUGCUGAUGCAAAUGAUAAUUCAUUUGCUAAGGCUAAAGAAGCUAAGCAGGAAAGACAGUCAAAAAAUGAAUUGCAGAGACUUCGUAACAUAGCUAAGUCUAAAAACAUAAAGUUACCAAAAGUUGGUCUUCCUACCAGAGAAUACUUGCCAAACUCUCAACAACUCUCUGAAGCUCUAACCAUUGCACGUACAUCAACAGCAUCUGUGGGAAAAUUCCAACCUAAAUUACCAAAAGAGAAAGAUGCGAAAGGAAUCGCUAAGGAAGUACCAGGAAUGAAAAAGAAACGAAAACUCCCUCCAUUAAAUGCUGUUGAAGAGAAACGUCAAAAUAAAGGAUUGAUAGAUAAUGUUUUGAAGAGCAAGACAAAAAUUCUCCGUGAUGAUUAUUUAGUGGGAACUACAGAGAUAAAGCAGGAUACAAUAGGACGCAAGAAGAAAAAAUCUGGUGUACCAAAACGUGCUAAAAAUGCUAAAAAGCCAAAAGCAGGGAAAGGCAAACGCGAUUUACAUUCAAAAGUUGGUGGUAGAAAGCGACGAUAAACGAAUGAUUUUUAUAUUAAAGAAAU